AUGGUUCGUUUCUAUUGUUUGCACUGGUCUAUGUUGUUGUUUGCUGCCUUGUGGAGCUUCAGCUACCCAGGUUUGUUAUCUGCUUGGCCAAGCAUUGGUCGAAGUAAACCCAAGGACCAGCUGGACCCAAAUGUGAGGGACUGGGGUGACUAUUCAGACCUCCCUCCAGGAAUUGAGCACGGGCUGGGGUUGGAGGAAGAUGUGGACAAUAGAGGAACUGGAAGGUCAACAUUUAGUGUGGCGCCAGAGCUGGAUUUUCUGGCAGACUUUGCAGGUAAAAAGAGAUUGUGGGUGAUAACAGCCCCGUCACACAAUGAUCACUACCUCCGUAUGAUGGAGAAGCAGCUUGAAGACAUGGAGCAGAAAGGACUGAACUGUCAUCUGGCAGAAAGAGAUACUUUCAUCAUCACCAUCAUUCAGAAUGCCAUGAUGGAAGGUCGCAUCCAGAAAACAACUUUCCAAGGAGACGCCACAGUGGAGAGCCUAGACCCUGACACAGUAACUAAACUGCUGCACUACCUGGAUCUCACUAACCAGGAAGAAGGGUUCACCAUGCUGGUUUUGAAGAAAAACCUCCAUGUCAGCGAGCGCUUUCCUUAUCCGGUGCGUGUUGAGGCGAUUUUGGAGCUGAUCGAUCAGUUCCCUAUGAGGAAGCUGGAGAAGAUGACCAGAAAAGGAUCCAAAUUAAGGUGUAAAACCACAAAAAAGAAGAUUGUGGCAAGAAAAAAAAUGAAGAAGAAGAUGGUUCUGAGCCCUCAAAGGGGAGGAAAUGUGACCUCUGUUGUGCCUUUACAAAGAAAACUUCCUAUGGACAAAAAAGCUGCUCUGAAGAGUAAGAUCCGGGAUAUACUGAACGGGCGGUCGAGGUUUGUGAUCCGUAAGGUGCCAGCUGCGGGAUCAACGAGGGGAAAAGACCCAGGCAGUGGUGGGGGAUCCGCUUCUACAGGGCAGGAAAAAGCAGUUCAUCCUUCAUCUGUGUCAAAGAACGGUGAAGAAAUGAAGAAAGACAGGACAGACUCCACUGUGGAAGAAGGAAAGAAAAGACAAGAAGGAAAAAACAGUGAAGCUAAUAAAGAGCACAGUGUAAAGGAAGAAACAAAGGAAAAACAGGGCUCGAAGAAGAAAGGGAAAGGGAAAAAAGGGAAGAAGGGGAAAGGAAGAGGGAAAAAGUCAAGCAGAGAGGUCAGUGAGAAGGAUAAAACAGCCCUGAAAGAGUUUCUGGACAGAUUUAAGAGGGCAAGAAGGCUAAUGUUAAUUUCAACUCCCAGCAAAGAUGCGACACUAUAUCAGCAGCAGAGAGACGAGAAUGAGAAGCAACACUGCGAUCUGGCUAUCCGGAAAGUCACAGUGGCAACCAUUGUGGGGGAAGGACAGGACGCAACACUCACACUGCAACACCACCAGCUUGAGUCAGAGCCUCCACUCAGCGACCAAUCAGAUCAUUUGUCAGACCCAGUCCUGAUCUCUCUGUUGAGAACAGAGCUUGGCCUGUCAUCACCUGACCUCUUCUCUAUGACCAUCACAGACUACGACAUUAAGCCUGAUAGAGUCUUUGAGGCUCCUCCGUCAAGUCCUGCUCUCUUUGAGUACAUUGACAACUUCCCCUCAAGGCGUUCAGAGAAAGAGAAGGAGAAGAGGAGUCCUCCAGACUGUUCAAAAGACAAACAACAGCCUGACACAGAAAAUUCACUGCUCAGGUUCAUGUCUAAAAGGAGACUGCUGCUCAUCUCUGCUCCCUCUGAGGACGACUAUUCCUUCCAACAGCAGCUCUCUGCUCUCAGAGGACAGGAGUGUCAACUGGGGAUCCGCCACUUUGCCAUGCUAAAGCUAACUGGAGUGGGAGACAAAGCAUCAGGAACUGUUGAACUAUUUCCCCUAAAUGGUCGCAGUCAGAGCGAAGUCGAGCCGUUACCUCAAGACGAGGUCAACAAUCUGAGAGAGCAGCUGAAGAUCAGUAAAGACUACUUCAGCAUGCUGGUUGUAGGAAAGGACAGCGACGUGAAGGCGUGGUUCCCGUCACCAAUGUGGUCCCUGGACAACGUCUACGACCUGGUGGACUCCAUGGAGCUCCGCCUCCAGGAGCUGAAGCUGCAGAGGAGACUGGGGAUCCACUGCCCUGAUGACAGAGGGCGAGGAGGCAGUGAUGGGGGGCAUUAUGGAGGAGGUUAUGAUGAAGAGGCAGAGGACACAUACUUAUAUCACCGAUCAGAGCAAUGA